AAUGGCAACGGAAACAUUAACGAAAGAUGAAAAUGGGGAAAUUUACCCACUGCCAGAAUAUAAAUUAUAUAAUGAAACACUUAAAAAGGAAGGUCUUCGUAUGCCAAAUCCAGCGUACAGCGUAUUUAAGGAAGAAGAAGAUAUUAACGCUUUACAAAAAUUAGGGCGAUUUAUAAGCCGCGAUAAACGUAGCAUGGAUAAAGUAAAUCCUCAUUGGAUAUUUAAAGGAUAUAUUAAAGUAUUUAAGGAUAACUGUAGCAUUCCUCAAAAUUUAAUAAAAAAACCUAACAUUUCAACUAAUUUAUCAAAUGAUUUAAAUAUUUAUCAUAACACUGAAAACCCAUUCUAUCAUCCGGAGUAUGCUGAAUAUCAUAGGGUCUUACAAAGAGAUAAUUUACGUAUGCCAAGUCCAGGAUAUAGUUUAGCGAAUGAAUUAGCCGAUUUAUUGAAAUUAAAGAAAGCAGAACGAUACUUAGGACCAGAUGAAGAAUGUCCUAAGGAAAAGGGUUGGGUUACCUAUUAUACUUUAAAGAACAAUGAAGAGAGGAACGAAAAAGAAUGGAUAUUUCACGGGUAUAUUCACGUUUAUAAAGACCACAAUCAUCAAUAUCAACCGUUGGGCAAUAAUAGCAUUGAAGAGCCCUACAUAUUUCCGAAAUAUGAGGAAUACGAUACAAUUUUACGUAAAGAUGGAUUUCGCAUGCCUAAUCCUGGCUAUAGUUUAAUUGCUGAAAUGGGAGACAUACUUAAACUUCAAUUAGCUAAAAGAUAUCGUGGAUUGCGAGAAGGAGCUCCAGAAGAAGAUGGAUGGGUUGAGUACUAUUCGAUAAAAGAGAAUAAAAAGACCAAAGAGAAAAAUGCAGUUUUACAAGGUUUUGUCAAAGUUUAUACGUCAGAAAAUACCGAAUCAAAUUUAUCUGGUCCAACGUCAAAUAUAAGAACAAGAACUUCUAAUACAACUAGUCAGAGCGCUAAAAGAAUUCGAUUUUCAGAAAUGCCUCAGAUAAAAGACAAUUUCGAACAAGGGCGAUCACCGAUAAUUCCCAGGUCAAAUAGACCUAUUUACGAGAAUGAAUGUUGUAUCUGUUACUUAUUUAAUUGGUGUAAAAAUUAUAUUCGAUCAAAAUAA